AUGAAGUCAAGGUACAUGCUUCUUAAUUCUUUAAAUACAAAGUUACUUGGUUUUGAAGAUAUAAAGAGCAUGUAUGAAAAUGACAUUGAUUUCUCUAGCAUAUAUGAAUUAUGUGAUAAGAGAGUUGUUGAUAAAUGCUAUAGGCAUGAAGGAUAUUUGUUUAGAGAAAAUAAAUUGUGCACACCUAAUUGUUCUAUAGGUGAAUUGUUGGUAAGGAAAGCACAUAGUGGAGGUUUAAUGGGAGCUGUGCAUUCUACUACUUCAUUUUCACCAUUUGAAAUAGCCUACGGCUUUAAUCCACUAACUUUUUUGGAUUUAUUGCCUUUGCCUGUAAAUGAACGAGGUAGCUUGAAUGGUAAAAGAAAAGCUGUGUUGGUAAAGUCACUCCAUGAGAAGGUUAAGAUAUAG